AUGCUCAAGUAUAGUGAACUUUGGUAUACCAAUUUUCUGCAAUUAAAUCUAUCUAAAGAGCAUGUAAUGUAUAUUAGUUGUCUAAUUAUAUAUGUUUAUUCUAUGGUGUUAUAUUCUAUUGAAUGGCUUAAGGAGUGGCUUUCCUGCACACAAAACUUCUCUUCCAUAUUUUUGUAUUUUAGUUUUCAAAGGCUUCAUAUACUAGUAGUAGAGAGGAAAAAAUGGACACUUUAUGUUCCUUAUUUAAAAUCUGAAUUGAUCGGUUCAAGAGUGCAAACAAAAAAGCGUAUCUGCAAGAAUAAUUAA